CCCCUCCCCGGGAGCCCGCCUCGCCCCGCCCCUCCCCAAUUCUCCGCCCCACCUCCGGGCGCGCCGCGGAACUCUGCGUCCCAAGCGUGGUUCCGGGACGGAGUUGGACGUGGGACUCGGCCCGAUGUAAAUUUCGGCGGCCGCUCGGCGAAUGGCGGCUCUAGGACGUCCUGCUCGGAGGGUGCCAGCAGACCUGGAACCUGGUACCGCUCGCGCGUCCCGCAAACCCCAGCUCCCGGGCCGGGGCCCCGAUGCCCCGGGUCCUUCCGCCGUCCGUCUCCACUGGGCACAACCCACGUGCGUUGACGCCGCCUCCGGAGCGCACCCCGUCCGCGAUGAAGGUGUGACUGUCUCCAAGAAGCAAAAGAAGAAGAAAACCCAGAACAGGGUCUCUGUGGCGAAUGGAGGCGAGAAGACCUCCGAGAAGCCUGCCGCAGAGGAGUCUCCCCGAAGCUCCGAGGCCCAGGCGGAGCAGCUGGCCCGGGAACUGGCCUGGUGUGUGGAGCAGCUGGAGCUGGGCCUCAAGAUGCAGAGACCUACCCCAAAACAGAAAGAGCAGGCCAUUGGUGCAAUCCGAACUCUACGGAGUCAAAGAACUCCCCUGCCUCGGAAGAGGCAGCUGAUGCACUCCUUGUUUGGGGACUACAGGGCCCAGAUGGAGGCCGAGUGGCAAGAGUCCUUGCGGGCUCUCAGGGCUGCUGCCCGUUCAGCCCAAGUGCAGCCUGUAGGUGAGGCCUUCAGAAAGAAGAGCCAAAGGUUUUGCAGACCUCGUCCAGCAGGGAAAACCAAGGCCACUCUGGACACUCCUGAUGAAGAGUUUAGGUUCAAUUUCUUUUAGCUUCUCCCCUAUCUUGGCACAGUCCUCUUUUCCUCAUGGUGCUGUCAAGGUUUGUCGUGACUGUAGAGCCUUUCUAGGAAUUCUCUGUCAGCAAGUAUGGGAUUGGUUAGUUCUUGCCUGGUCCAUGCAUCUGAGUUUGUUGGGCAGGUGUGAGACUGUCAGAUGAGCAUAAGACUCCAUUUUUAGAUUUUCUAAAUAAAAUAUCUCUUCUGCCAGAAGAGAGAGAGUUGCA